AAACAAGUUUUUGCUGUGAUCAGGCUUCCUCAUAUUUAUAUCAAACUUGGGAUUACUUUCUGACGGGUAGUGUAGCAGAAUUCUGGCUCAUCAUGGUUGUCGUUCAUCCCACACUUGAUACUCCUGUAGCAAAACAAACUGGAAAAAGGAAAUUCCCCAGCAAUGCCUUCUUCACCAAGUAUUUUCUGGCUGGACAACAAAUGGCUGACCCCACUGAUCAAGAAGUACCUCCUGGGGCUGACUUUCUGGAAAGAUUUCUCAUCACUAAGCGGAAGUAUAUAGCUUUUCUUCUGCCACUGAUAGUUAUGCACCUCCUCUGGUGGUUCACGGCAUAUCGCUAUGACUGGUUUCCAUUGUUCCGUACGAGAUGGCAAAUGCCGGUGAUUAUGCUUUUAGGGUCCACGGUUGCCGGUAUGACGGCUGAGGGUGGAGGGGCCAUCGCAUUUCCAUUUAUGACUCUAUGUCUUCAAAUCGAUCCAGUAUCAGCUAGGGAUUUCUCUCUAAUGAUCCAAUCCUUCGGCAAGUUCCAGACCUUCGGAUUGCAUACAGGGAUGGGAUGUGCCCUAUUCGCUGUUCUGUACAUGAGGAUCCAAAUAGAAGAGAAAUCACUGCUGUUUGGAUGUCUAGGCUCCAUUCCUGGAAUGAUUCUCGGCCUUGCCUAUGUCGACGAUCUGCUCGGGGCCUCUGAGAAAAAGAUGCUGUUCGUUUCAAUUUGGUGCUCAUUCGCUAUAGCGCUCUAUUUGCUAAACUCAGAAAAGAAAAGAAUAACCUACUCAAAAAUCCCCGAUUUUAAGCUGUGGAAAGCUCUGGUACUCAUCGCAACUGGAUUCGUUGGAGGGAUCUUCACAUCAUUCGCUGGAUCUGGAGUGGAUAUAUGUAUUUUCUCUAUAAACACUUUGUUAUUCCGCGUUUCCGAGAAGACAGCCACCCCUACGACAGUUGUGAUGAUGGGAUUGAAUUCGAUGAUAGGGCUGUAUUGUCGCGCAGUGUGGUAUGCCAAUGUAUCCGAGCUCACAUAUGAAUAUCUGAAAGUGACCAUACCAGUUGCUGUGACCAUGGCACCUGUUGGAAGUUUCCUCGGCUCACACUUCCAUAGACAGGUACUGGCCUGUUUCGUGUAUGUUUUGGAAGCUCUGUCUCUCUUGGGAUUCUUGAUCACGGGUCCACCUAUUUUCCUAGUUGUUCUCGGUGCUGGAAUUAUCGUAGUCGCAUUCUUUUUCUUCUAUGUGAUCAGCAAAUUUGGAGAAAUGAUCAUGCCUGAUGGAAGGGCGAGAGCAGAUAGUACUGCAUGA